AUGACGCUGUCUAUGGGAUCUCGCACUCCUUGGCGGUGGUAUGCGACCCUUGUGGCUCUGUUACCAGGCUGUAUUGUGAAUGCUAGCCCAUCUGUGAAUGUGGCGCUCAAGGCCUCCUUUGACUCGGCACCUUAUCUUGUUGAGCUCUUGGAAUCUGCUGCCGAAGAGAACUCUACCUCCUACUUCCCAUUGCUGGAUCGCGUUGCCGAGGGUGUGUUCGAAGACCUUACCACCGAAAAGGAACUAUACGACCGCUUCUUGACGGUUGUCCAGGAUGAUGGCCAUCUACAGAGUCCCGAGAGCCUGUCAUCGCUUAAACUCUCGCUCUCGCUCCGGUCUUCAGCUCCUCGGAUCGAAGCUCACUACCAAUUCUAUAACACGUCUGUUCAGCAAUCUUUGAUGGUUGCUCAAGAUGCCGUGUGUCCUGUCUGGGUCCACUUGGACGACAAACAGUACUGCUCGUCCGCAAUGGAGCGCGCACAACAGGAUGUUCAGGGAGAACUAGAGCUACCCUUUGACCGUGUAUUGGGCGAUGUGUCGCUCCCGCCGGCCGUUUUAUACGCGGACAUAGCAUCUCCAACAUUUAGAGAAUUCCACGAGACCCUGAGCCACAUGGCUCAGCAGGGACAGAUCUCAUAUCGUGUGCGAUACCGCCCUCCACAACAUUGGAUUUCUCGUCCCUUGUUUAUGUCCGGGUAUGGAGUUGAACUCGCUUUAAAAAGGACGGACUAUAUUGUUAUCGAUGACCGUGACGCCGAGAAGCUUGAAGAACAAGGCUCCAAGGGCCCUACCAAUCCCGAAGAGCUGAAGGGUGAAGCUCCCGAUGACCUACGGCCUCUUUCUGCAUCGGAAGUGAAUCGUCUGGGCUUGAAAUCUGCAGCCUACGUAAUGGACAGCACUAAUCCUCUGGAAACAUUGAUCAAGAUGUCUCAGAAUUUCCCGAAAUAUUCUUCCAUUGUGGCUUCUCAUGACCACUCGGGUGAGCUUGCCCAAGAAAUCCGGCACAACCGGGUGAAAAUGCUCCCGGGAGGCUACAACGCUAUGUGGAUCAAUGGUGUUCAGAUGGAUACACAGCAGAUUGAUGCCUUCGCUCUACUCGAGCAUCUCCGCCGCGAGAGGAAAUUGAUUGAAAAGUUCCGCAGUCUUGGACUAUCAGCUGAUGAUGCCGUGAAAUUGCUGUCUCAUCGCCUCCUCACCGAGGCCCAGGCUGAUGAUGAUCAGCAACGGUAUGACUUCCGGGAUAAUCUGGAAGACAACCAGGCCAUCAUCUGGCUGAAUGAUUUGGAAAAGGAAUCCAGAUACGAGAAUUGGCCCAGUGACCUUCAAUCUUACCUUUCCAGUAAUCCUGGACAAUUGCCUCCAGUGAGACGAGACCUGCACAAUGUCAUCCUGCCCCUGGAUCUGUCUAGCCCAGAGGAAAUGAUGCUUAUUGCCGGCAACAUCCAAACGUUCAUCAAGCGGGGUAUACCUGUGAGGUUUGGGUUGGUGCCUACCAGCUCAUCUCCCGAGUCCAUUGCACAGCUGAAAGUGGCCCAUUAUCUCUUCCAUGCCUAUGGCCUGGAGUCCCUCACCCACUACUUUGAACAAUUCGCUUCACAAGGAAAGCGUGGACUUCCAGAUAAAGCAUCUUUCCAAUCCGCAACAAAUGACCGUGCCAUUGCCGAUGGUUUCGAAUCGAUGUCUUUGGAUCAGCUUCUGAAGAGCGAGAAAUACAAUGCUCAAGUGCCACAUACAGAUGCCUACCAUCGCCGGUUGAGCCUCAGUGGUGGUUCACCUCAACUGUUGGUGAACGGUAUCACUGUUCCCCGUGAGGGCAACUGGAUGCAGGGACUGAGCAUGCAGAUCAGCAGAGAUCUGAAACUUAUUCAGCAGAGCAUUUUUGAGGGCAUUCUCGAAGAAGACGCCUGGCUUCCAGAGUUCUUCCUAGCUGGUGCAUUGGAGAGACGUAACACAUUCCUCAUGCCCGAAGAUCCUAAGAGUGUUCAGUUCGUGGAUAUUGCAACCGUACUUUCAAACGAAGAUGCCUUGAACAAGAUUCCUCGCGUUGCCUCGGAUCGAAGUGCCACAGAGACCACUCACAUGGUCGUUGUGGCUGAUCUUGAGUCGGAGGAGGGAUUGAAAUUACUCACAGAAGCUGUGGCUCUUCGAAAGGAGCGAGAUGACAUUGAAUUCCUUGUACUGCACAAUGCAGGUCUAGAUGUUGACACCGCCUCUAAGAGACUGAUCGCACUCUCUAACGCCCUCGCAAAGGGUGCCAAUCUGGAUGAGGUCUUAUCUCAGGUCACCGCAUCUGAUUCCGAGACCUACGACGGGGCCGAAGAGCAAUUUACUCUGCACCAACGCCUCUCCAAGGAGCUUGGGUUGGAGCCUGGCACAGAAUCUCUCAUUGUCAAUGGAAGGCUUGUGGGCCCUAUCGAAAAGACGGAUGGACUCAGCGUCAACGAAUUGGGCCAAUUGAUUGAUUAUGAGCGGUCCAAACGCCUCGAGGUCAUCGCACAGGCUGUCAUCCAACUCGGGUUUGAUACUAAGGUGUCAAGCUCACUCGAUUUUGCCAAGUUGACCUCGCUCGUUGCUCUUUCUACAAUUUCAGACAUCCCCGAGGGUAUGUUUGAAAAUACUCCUGAUUUCAGAAUGGAUGUGUCCGAAAAGUGGAGGACUGAGCUCUCCGUCAUCACUGUUUCUAACUCGAAUGACCCCGCCAUCAACAUUGCUGUUUCCCUUGAUCCGGCGUCCGAGGUCGCCCAGCGAUGGCUCCCAAUCCUCAAGGUUCUUUCAGAACUUUCUGGCGUUCAAUUGAAGAUCUUUUUGAAUCCAAAGGAAGAGCUGAAGGAACUUCCUGUCAAGCGAUUCUACCGCUAUGUGUUGGAGUCAGAGCCACUAUUCACUGACGAAGGUGCUCUGGCUCGUCCUCAAGCCUCCUUCACUGGCGUGCCAGUCGAGGCGUUGUUGACCUUGGCCAUGGAUGUCCCUUCGUCUUGGCUUGUAGCACCGGAGGAGUCUGUACAUGACCUGGACAACAUCAAACUGAGCUCGGUCAAGAACGGCGGAAAUGUCGAUGCUAUCUAUGCACUGGAGCAUAUCCUCAUUGAGGGCCACUCUCGUGACCUCACAACAAAGACCCCACCAAGAGGAGUGCAACUCACUCUAGGCACAGAGACCAACCCCAAUUUCGCAGACACUAUCAUCAUGGCUAAUCUGGGAUACUUCCAGUUCAAGGCGCAACCCGGCUUAUGGCAGAUCAAUUUGAAGCCUGGUCGCAGUGAGAAGCUCUUCAAGAUUGAUAGCGUGGGCGCUCUGGGAUACCGGCCCCAAGCUGGAGACCAGAACAACGAGGUUGCUUUGCUAUCUUUCCAUGGCCGAACUUUGUUCCCGCGCCUCUCGCGCAAGCCAGGCCACGAGGAAGAUGAUGUUUUGGAGACGGGGAUUCAGCCCGGCUCAGCGACGGACUAUCUCGCUAAGGGUUUGAGCUUCGCAUCCGGUGUUCUCUCUAGUGUCGGGGUCAACUCCAAGUCUGCGGGCGAACAGCACGCAGACAUCAACAUUUUCUCGGUGGCAAGCGGACAUCUCUACGAGCGCAUGCUCAACAUCAUGAUGGUGUCAGUCAUGCGCCACACGAAGCACAGCGUCAAGUUCUGGUUCAUUGAGCAAUUCUUGUCCCCAUCUUUCCGGGCCUUCCUCCCAUCCCUUGCCGAGGAAUAUGGCUUCUCCUACGAGAUGGUGACCUACAAAUGGCCCCACUGGCUUCGAGCCCAGAAGGAAAAGCAACGCGAGAUCUGGGGCUACAAAAUGCUCUUCCUGGAUGUUCUUUUCCCCCUCUCUCUGGACAAAGUCAUCUUCGUCGACGCCGAUCAAAUUGUCCGAACGGACAUGCACGAUCUAGUCACCCACGACCUGCAAGGCGCGCCAUAUGGCUUCACUCCAAUGGGCGACUCCCGCGCUGAGAUGGAAGGCUUCCGCUUCUGGAAACAAGGCUAUUGGUCGAACUUCCUCCGCGGUAGACCCUACCAUAUCUCAGCCUUGUACGUCGUCGAUCUGAAGCGCUUCCGUGCUCUUGCUGCUGGUGAUCGUCUGCGUGGACAAUACCAGAUGCUCUCUUCAGACCCGAACAGUCUCAGUAAUCUUGAUCAGGAUCUGCCCAACCACAUGCAGCAUCAUAUUCCCAUCCACAGUCUACCGCAAGAGUGGCUUUGGUGCGAGACUUGGUGCGCGGACGAGGACCUUGGCAAGGCGAAGACUAUUGAUCUUUGCAAUAACCCACUUACCAAAGAGCCUAAAUUGGACAGGGCUAGGAGGCAAGUUCCUGAGUGGACUGUUUACGAUGAUGAGAUUGCUGCGUUGGCUAGUCGAGUUGCUGGUGAGCAGGCUGAUGGUGUUGAAUUUGUGCAGACCGAGGACAGGAAAGAUGAGCUUUAG